CCGCAGAGCUUCAGUAUCGGUGUGUAGCAGCGCUAAAGAUCAGCAGAGAUUUAAACAUGUCUACGAUAAAAAGUCCAUAAAUCAGAACAGAGUGGCUUCAAUCUUUAUUAAAUCCUUUUUAAAACGGCUGUAAAUCCAGAGUGUGUCAGAAGCUCUUCAGAAUGACGGAGGACAAGAACCAUGAACCCGAAGGUCCAGAGGAACCCGAGCCCGCGGUACCGGCAGAUGAUCCUGAGGUAAACCCUGAGGAGAAGCAGUUAACUGGGGCAGAUGAUCCUGAGGUAAACCCUGAGGAGAAGCAGUUAACUGGGGCAGAUGAUCCUGAGGUAAACCCUGAGGAGAAGCAGCUAACUGGGGCAGAUGAUCCUGAGGUAAACCCUGAGGAGAAGCAGCUAACUGGGGCAGAUGAUCCUGAGGUAAACCCUGAGAAGAAGCAGUUAACUGGGGCAGAUGAUCCUGAGGUAAACCCCGAGAUGAAGCAGUUAGAAAAUGAGGAGAAGGGGCUUGCGGACACUGAGUACCCAGAGGGCGGCUGGGGCUGGGUGGUCAUGCUCGCCUCCAUGUGGUGUAACGGGUCGGUGUUCGGGAUCCAGAACGCGUUCGGGAUCUUAUUCAUGUCCCUACUGAAGGAGUUCGGCUCCGAGAGCGACCAAGACCUGCGUUUCAGGACAGCAUGGGUGGGCUCUCUGUCUAUGGGCAUGAUAUUUUUCUGCUCUCCGAUCGUCAGCGUGUUUACAGAUGUGUUCGGCUGCAGGAUCACGGCAGUGGGCGGAGCUGCGGUUGGUCUCGUCGGCCUCUUCGCCAGUUCAUUUGUCAAUUCUCUGGACGCUCUGUACUUUACAUAUGGUGUGGUGUUUGCGUGCGGAUGUUCGUUUGCGUAUCAGCCGAGCCUCGUCAUCCUCGGACAUUACUUUAAGAAGCGUUUGGGUUUAGUGAACGGUAUAGUGACGGCGGGGAGCAGCAUCUUCACCAUCUCUCUGCCUCCAUUGCUCUCGAUCCUGCUGAAAAACAUCAGCCUGCACAACACCCUACGUGUCCUCUGCAUCCUGAUGUUUAUACUCAUGCUGGCAGGAUUUACCUACAAGCCCCGCCUCCCUCAGCGGGCGGAGUCAAAAACGGCCUCGUUAAAGAGAAUCUGUAACGUGCAGAUCUGGAGGAGUCUGAGUUACAGGAUCUGGGCCUUUGGAAUUCCGGCCGCUCUCUACGGAUACUUUGUCCCCUAUGUCCACCUGAUGAAGCAUGUAGAGGAGCGUUUUGGCAAAGAUGCAAAUAAGGAGGUGUUACUGAUGUGUCUUGGCAUCACAUCUGGUGUGGGACGUCUCAUCUUCGGCCGUGUGGCUGAUUACAUCCCUGGAGUGAACAAAGUCUACUUGCAGGUGGCGUCGUUCCUGGUGAUUGGCCUGAUGUCGAUGUUGAUCCCGGUGUGUGAUGUGUUUGGUGGUCUGAUCGCUGUGUGUUUAAUGAUGGGGCUGUUUGACGGGUGUUUUAUCUGCAUCAUGGCUCCCAUCGCCUUCGAGCUUGUCGGCUCUGAGAACGUCUCUCAGGCCAUCGGCUUCCUGCUGGGCAUGAUGUCUGUGCCCAUGACUGUGGGUCCUCCUAUUGCAGGGUUCCUCCGUGAUCGCCUGGGGACUUAUGACGUGGCAUUCUACCUGGCGGGGAUCCCUCCUCUGAUUGGUGGAGCUGUGCUGUGCCUGAUCCCAUGGGUGGAGAAGAGGAAAGGGAGGAGGAAUAAAAGUGAUGACAAGAAGAACGACAAGCACGAGUCUGUCAUAUGAAUCACACACACACACUCAGACACACACACCAUUUCUGAAGGACACAGUGAAUGUAGACAUCAGGUGUGUUCACAGCAGUGUCCUGUUUCUCUCGAGCACCACAUGUCCCCAUGAGGUUUGUGUAUCUGACAGUUUGACUUAUUUGUGUUUGUAUUUUUUUGCAGUGCAGCUUUCAUUUAACCAAAGAGCUCAAAGGUUAUGUUUGGAGUUAAGGCUUUAAUUAAGCUGCAUCAUUAGUAAUUAGUUCCUAACAAAGAUAGAGAGACAAGUGUGUUUUUUAUUCUUAACUUUACUCUAUCUAUCUAUGAUAUAUAUAUAUACGUAUAUGUAUAAAUAUAUAAAUGUGUUUGUAUACACACACACACAGAGAGAGAGAGAGAGAUGAGUAUCAUAUAAUUCAUUUUAUAAUUCAUUUCUAAACAAACAAAUUGGUUUAAAUAACUACCUUCUUUUUUAAGGUCUAUGCAAGAGUUUUUCUCUGAGCUUUAUGUGCAUGAUGAAUUAAGAACAUUACGUCAGAUUAGAUUUUUAUUACAUUUUUAUUACAUUUUUAUCACUUUACUAUGAAAACCAAAGAAAACUCUAAAGUUUGAUUCACACUAUGAUCUUAGACUCUAAUUAAAGGCAGUAAUGAAGCAUUAAAGGGAUUUAGCUUUAGUUAUUUAGUAAUUUUUAUUUCUCCUGAGGACUGAGUCCAUGUAUUAAAGUGCUCUAUGUAGACUAUAAAUGUGAAAAAACUUCAGGGAAGUAAUUCAAUGUUAAUUAUUAACUGUUAAUGCUGAUAAUUAGCACAGUUAGCAUUAUCGUGAGUGUGUAUGUGUGUGAGUGUAUGAGUGUGUGUGUGAGUGUAUGUGUGUGUGUAUGAGUGUGUGUGAGUGUAUGUGUGUGACUGUAUGAGUGUGUGUGUGAGUGUAUGAGUGUGUGUGUGAGUGUAUGUGUGUGUGUAUGAGUGUGUGUGAGUGUAUGUGUGUGACUGUAUGAGUGUGUGUGAGUGUGUGUUUGUGUGUGAGUGUGUAUGGAAUUGAGUGUGUGUGAGUGUGUAUGUAAGUGUGUGUAUGUGAGUGUGUGUGAGUGUGUAUGUAAGUGUGUGUAUGUGAGUGUGUGUGAGUGUGUAUGUAAGUGUGUGUAUGAGCAACAACUCAUAUUUCCCUGCAACCUUGAUGGAUGGAACGUCCAAUAGUUCUCAUUUUGCUGAGGUCUGAAAGUUCAAGCUGUUCUUUUCUUCUCACAAGUUCAAAAGUGUGAAACUGUUAAACAAAAUUGGAAAUUAGAACUGAACACACUGGUGGGACGUGUGUGUGUGUGUGUGUGUGUGUGUGUGUGUAUGUAUGUGUGUGUGUGAGUGUGUGUGUAUGUAUGUGUGUGAGUGAGUGAGUGUGUGUGUGUGUGUGUGUGUGAGUGUGAGUGUAUGAGUGUGUGUGUGAGUGUAUGAGUGUGUGUGUGUGUGUGUGUGUGUGUGUGUGUGUGUGUGUGUGUGUGUGUGUGUGUGUGUGUGUGUGAUUCUGGUCGCUAUUUUGGAGAGGGUGCAAACUCCUAACCCUUUAUAUUUAACACACACAGUUUAUAAAAUCCUUGUCAUUAUGUAAUUAUGUACAAAACUCAGGAUCCCACAAAUGACUGAAAUCUGUUUGACUGUAUAAAUCUUCAUCACAUGUGAUUAAUGAGUUGAUCUGUAGGUUUAUGUAUAUAAUCUACCUCAGUUUUACAUCAGAGGUUGACAGACACGAGAGAGACGAGAGACAUGAGAGACAUGAGAGACAUUUCAUUUACUGAAACAUUCUUUUAAGAUCAUUUUAUUAUUUUGAAAAGUUCUGUUGAAUCCCACAACAUUAGGAUCUUAUUAUUAUUAUGAUUAUUAUUAUUAGAUUGUGUUAUUAUAUCAUUCUUAGUGCCUUGAACUCACACGAGUCUUUAAUCGACUCCAAUUACAAAACCUUUUAUAUAUGAAUAAAAACAGGAUAAUCAUAUAUUCCCAAAUAUUCUGUACAUUUUGUUCUUUUUGCUCAUCUGUGUUUAUAAUCAUUUCAUUUUUUAUGUUUUUUUUGUCUUAAAUAGACUUUUCUUUCAGGUUGUUUACUUUGUGUUGGAAAUCAAUUGAAUGAAUCAACAUCUUUGAUUUAAUCUCAACAAAUGUUUCAAAGUUCAGACCUGUAAAGUUCAGUUAUCAUCAGCUCAGAGUCUUGUGUUGGGGAAAUGUUACUGUAGUCCAGAGUGACAGUCCAGACUGCUGGCUUUAUUACCUUACAUCAGGCUCCUCGUGUCCUUACACCUCCCUCCAGUCACAAUGCUGCCUACUCAAAUGAUUAAUAGCACAAGUUCAGUAUUUAUAGAUUUACAAAUGUAUCGUUGUUUGUUUUCUAGUUUAUAUGCAAUGUGUGUGUGUGUGUUUACACACCAGAACUAAGACUAGUAUUUAGUAUUUUGUUUGACAAUCAGACAAUCAGCAUAAAGGAAAUCAGUACUAUUGCUGUGAAAGAUAAUAAACGGCAUGAACAAAUUAUAUGCAGCUGAACCAAACGCUUUUAUUUACUGCACCGGAAAAAAGGAAUUCAAUCUGAAAUCCAAAAACAGUGACGUCGACUCCGUCCGAACGGACCGCUGGUGUUCAUAUUACAAACUCAGACCUUCUAAAUGUCUUUAUUGAUUGUUGGAAUUUUAACAUUGUUUUUGUUCUAAAUCUCGUAACUUUCACUAAGAAAAGUAAAAGAAAUCUCCCAGGGAAUCUGAUCUGAUGACAUUAACACGAUCACAAAGAUAGAUGGAGUUAGAUCAGAUCUGCAGAUAGGCCGUAGGUUCGGUCUGUAACAGUUUUGUGAAGAUAAAUACAUCAUGAACUUUAACCUUACAUCAGACUCACUGUCUGAUCUUACAUUCUGCCUUUUUGUGAGUGAUAAUUCAGGAGCUGUUAUUAACCUCCCUGUCCACUGCUCCAUAGGGCAGCAUGGGGCAGUGUAGGUCCUGCCCUAAUGGACCUCGAGUACUUGUUGCAGUUCCCAUUAUUGACCACUAGGUGUAGUAAUAACUGAUAUCAAAGCGAGUUAAUCUUCAGUUUCUGUGUCUGUCAAUCAGUGUUAUAUUAAACAACAGGUGAAUAGAGUUUAGGGCAGAGCUCAACAUCAGUCUGAGUGUGUGUGUGUUACCCAUAAUGCACUCUGACUGUUGUUUACAGAUGUUAUCAGUGUCAGUUCCUUUCAGCUGCUUAUCAUCAUCAUCAGCUUAGGAGAUGAACCAUGUUCUUCACUGACUGACUGAUUUCCACACUUUAUUGACCCUGUUCUCUUCUCUGCGGGUCACCUGAUACACAGUGCAUGUGUUUUUGUAAUAUUGUAGAAAACAAUAAAGAAACAUCUGAUUAUAAUCAA